AUGGCUCCUACCACCCCAUCUUCCACCAAAGGCUCGAAUAAGAAGACCAAAUCUAGUGCCAGUAAGAAGAAUAAGGAUCAAGAUACACCUCUAGCUGAUCGACGUGUCUCUAAAACCUUCAAGAAGCUUGCUAAAGCCUCUGCUGAUGUCUCCAUGGCCCUUGACGCUCCUCCUAAACCUCCUACGCCUGACGAUGAAGAGAUGACCCCCCUUCAGAUCGAUUUAACCACGUCUGCAGCUUCUACUGCCCCUGCUGAACCUUUGUCUACUAUAUCGACUAAGCCAACUCCCUCAGCUGUUGAAUCAACCUCUGUUAUUAACUCUCAACAUACUACUGCUGAAUCCAAUAAAUCUAAAUCUACCAUUGUCUCCUCGGACAACGAUUCUAGUGAUGAAGAAGACGAAAUUAUUCUUCAAAGUGAGGUAGCACCUGCAGUUCUUGAUAACUCUGGUACUGAAAUUACUGGUGGUCAUAUUGUGAUCAAUCCCCCCUCUGACUUGCAAAUCUCAGCCUAUCCAAAACCCUCUGAGUUGAAACUCUUUACGGUCAAUCCUCUUGCUGAACCACGUCGACCUGGACUUUCUCCUACUUCGAAUCUUCCUUUUGAAUUGCAACUUUGGUGGAAUCUUUACUCUGAAUGUCAUGCUUUGGACUCUGAUGUGUCCCUAUGGGCAAUGGUAACUCUCAUGAAUGAUACACGUAAACUUAGUGACCUUGAAAUCAUCAAACUCACUCUAUCCAGUUCAAUCAACUACUUUGAACCGAUUGUAGGCCCUGGCUCCUCCAAAUUUGUUCUUGUUCGCUUCAAAUCUCACUCCAUCAAGGACAACUUUCGUCGUAAUAACCGUCUCGACCGUGGUGUUUUUGUUUACUUAGCUGGUUCUAUCCGCACCAGCCUUCUCAUUUUUAAUCUUGAACCAGUCUCCAAGUUAACUCCUCACAUGUCCAGUUUACUAGUUUCUAUUUCUGGUUUACCUUAUCACCUUUAUAAUCGUGACAUCACCGAAGAACUUUAUCAUAGUUUGAUUGCUCAUCGCUCAAAUGAUCACUUAUCCAUUACAUUCAUUAAUGAACCCAAUCCUCGACCAACUCUUACUUUUGCUGGUGCUCGUAUCUUUGAAAUUCACUUCUUACGUAGUGCUGCAGCUCAAUGGUUCAAACUACUUUCCCAGCAAGAUUUCUUAUUUAUGACUCCUUGGAACAGAAGAGGCGACGAGUACAAGCACCGUACAAUCAUUACUCAGUGGAAGUUUAUUCCCACCUGUUCAACUUGUGGUACUUCAUCUUAUGAUGCUUCUCAUCGCAUCAAAUGUCCAUUCGCCACCAUUCGAGAUGACCUCUUCAGAUCUAUUGAAAACUCUUUCAACAAUCGUGCUCCAACAGACUUAACUGAUGAUACCACUCCGGUAGUCUCUUUUCCACCAAAGGUGACCAAAACUGAAAAAAUAUGCGAACCCUGUCAAGCAUUAUCAAAAUUGAUCACCAACUGGAAAGUGUGCUCAUCAACCUCAAAUUGA